CCCAGGGCAAUCUGAUCGCCGUCUAUGAAACUAUUAUAAAAAGCUUUCAAAGCUUUUUGUUGACGAUUUUCACCAGCCACUUAUCCCAUCAAACCCUCCGAAAUGACGAAUAUAUUAAGCCUCAACGAAGACUGUCUUCUCCAAAUUAUAGAGUACCUGAGUCUGGAGGAGCAGUUGGAACUAUGGCAGGCCACGGAGUCCACGUCGCGUUUGUGCUCGGUGAUUUCAUACGCCUGGCAGCGUCAGAGCAAGCACUGCGUGCGCCGGGAAACAUUCUCUGGAAGGCCUGUCCUUCUACAGGACUACCUGAAGUGCAUUAGCUCCACUGUCGAGGAACUUACACUCUGUCAUUUGCCCAUGGAACAACUCGAGCGGUGGAAGGACCACACGUUUCCCAACGUGAAGAAACUUUACUACCUCGGGGACUUCUUGAGGGAUGAAGACGACGAAGUCGAUGUUGAUGCCGACAUUGCGAUUCUGGUAAAUUGCUUUCCUCAGCUGGAGUCCCUUGGGAUAAGUGGCAACACCAGUGGGCAGUACAUCAGCCAGUGGCGGCUCCUUCGACGUCUGGAUCUCCAACUAUGUUUUUACCUGGACUCACAAUGCUUUGAGGAUAUCUGUCAAAAACUGCGCCUUCAAACCUUAUGUGUCCAAUGGCGACGAUUCGAGGCGGAUGACUAUGUGCCAGCUAUCUCGAUGUUACAGGAACUGACAGAGCUUGACCUAGACAUAAUCCACCUCAGUCCUGAGAUCGCCCGCAAGCUGUUGAGUCUGCCCAAGUUGAAAAGGCUUCGCCUUCAUGGUAUGGAUAAUUUUGAUGAUGUUUUGAAGGUGAUUGGUCAACAGCGCAGACAGGAUUUGGUGGCGAUCACUUGCAGAGAUUAUAUUAUUUCGUGGCGUCCCCUAAUAUUGACAAGAUUGGAAAACCUUCGCCGCUUUACACUCGUCGAUGAUGAGGGCGAUUACGACAUAGGCUUGAGCCUUAUAAUCAAAAGCUUUCCCCGCUUGGAGCAACUGCAUCUCGAGAACUCGCGCUUUUGGCCGAAUGCAGACGACAUCUGGGAAGUAGUGGCUGGCUGUCCACAACUCAACUUAAUUACCAUAUCUGCCCCCGAUCGUCCAAAUGAGUUCAUUGCCUCCAGUAGUGCCUCCAGUAUGCAGCGCGUCCUGAAUCAGCGUCUUAAGCCUUUGUCCAUACAUUUUCAUGGAACGGGGAAUGAAGAAUUGAUUACCAAGCUAUUUGUACACAGGAAACUUGAAGUCUUAUGUAAAUCCAAAGAUUACGCUGUUUCCCAAGUACCUGAAGAAUGUGUAGAGUUUGAAUUUCUAGUCCUGGAAACAUCUUCGUGAUACAUAGAGAGA